AUGUCAUCCUUCAAUGCCUCUCACGUUGAUCUGAACACAGCCAGCAAGGAGGACGUGAUCUGUUACCUCUCGUUGUCAGAGAACGAUUACAACGGUCACUUGGGCGCUCGCAUCUCCUCUAUUUUUGUGAUUUUCGUGACUUCGACAAUUUUGACACUCUUCCCCGUGAUCGCCAAGCGGGUUCCCCGAUGGAAGAUUCCCUACCACGUCUAUCUUUUUGCGCGAUACUUCGGUACCGGCGUCAUCCUAGCGACCGCGUUUAUCCAUCUCCUCGAUCCAGCUUACAAGCGCAUUGGCCCCAAGACCUGCGUGGGCGUUUCGGGACGCUGGGGCGACUAUUCUUGGUGCGCUGCCAUUGUGUUGGCAUCCGUGGUGACGAUUUUCCUGCUGGACCUCGCCGCCGAGGUGUAUGUGGAACGCAAAUAUGGCGUAGAACGCGAGGACGGGACGACCAACUUUUUUGUGACGACAAAUUGCCACUCCAACGCGGGGACGAGAGCCUCCAAACCCGACGAGAGUCAAAGCGAGGCGACUUCGGUGGCCUCUGAACAAGCUUUCCGCCAGCAGUUCGCUGCUUUCCUGAUCCUCGAGUUCGGCAUCAUCUUCCACUCGGUCAUCAUCGGGCUAAAUUUGGGGGUCACCGGUGACGAGUUUGCGACUCUCUACCCUGUACUCGUCUUCCACCAGGCAUUUGAGGGGCUGGGGAUCGGGGCGCGCAUGUCGGCUCUGCAUUUUGGGACGCGCCGGUGGCUCCCGUGGGCACUCUGCCUGGCGUACGGGCUCACCACGCCGGUUUCCAUCGCCAUCGGGUUGGGUGUACGUAACUCCUACAACCCCGGGUCGAAGACGGCAUUGAUUGUGCAAGGAGUGCUGAAUGCCGUCUCGGCUGGAAUCCUGAUCUACAGCAGCUUGGUGGAACUGCUGGCGCGAGAUUUCCUCUUCGACCCGGAGCGUCCCAAGCGCCGAUCGCAUCUCGGGAUGAUGGUGGGAUGUACGUUACUGGGGGCAGGCAUCAUGGCGCUAAUUGGCAAGUGGGCAUGA